CCUCUGAUGUAAUGUGCUGGAUGCUAGAUGUGAACUAGACUAGUCGCUACCCUGGAGAAGGUAGCAAAGCGGCUGUGAUCGGCAAGGCACUUGCUAUCUAGCAGCCUGCAAGGGAGUGAGGGUGAGUGUGAGGGUGAGUGUGUGUGCUGCAGUCUCAAGGAUCUGUGGAGUGUGUGCAGCCCAGUGCCAGCUCAUCAGCUCACCAGUGUCAGAGCUGCCAACUGCAUUCUGCCCUUCAGUCUGAUUGCUGGAUUUGCAGGCUACAGCUGGCACACAGGACAACACAAGACAUGGGUAGGAAACUAGAUCUUUCUGGCCUGACUGAGGAUGAAGCUGAACAUGUUCUUCAAGUUGUCCAGCGAGACUUCAGCCUUAGGAAAAAAGAAGAGGAAAGGUUAAGUGAACUACGACAAAAGCUAGACGAGGAAGGCAACAAAUGUUCAAUUCUCUCCAAGCAGCAAAAGUUUAAUGAGCAUUGCUGCAUCCGUUGCUGUUCUCCUUUCACGUUCCUCAUCAACUCCAAGAGGCAGUGUCUAGAUUGCAAGUUCAACAUCUGUAAAAACUGCAGCACCUACCAAAAGAAAGAAAAGGCCUGGGUUUGCAAUGUCUGCCAGCAAACAAGGCUCCUGAGGACACAGUCUCUGGAAUGGUACUAUAAUAACGUGAAAAGUCGUUUCAAGCGCUUUGGUAGUGCCAAGGUCCUGAAAAACUUGUACAGAAAGCAUCGUUUGGAAAGUGGAGCUUGUGCCGACAUUGCAGAAGGAAAUUUUAUCGAUGAAAGCUUAGAGAAUGAAGGAAGCAUAUGUGGAAGUGACUCCACGUUCUACAGACAAACACAAGGGCACAGUAUGAUGGACACCCUUUCAGUUGCUCUACGUGUGGCAGAAGAAGCUGUAGAGGAAGCAAUUGCCAAAGCUGAAUCCUACGGUGAAAGCCUGGAUAAACAGAACGAGGCUUGUUAUUUACGGGAACAUAAGGAAGAGCUCAUUGAAGAGCUGGCCACAACCAUCGUUCAAAAGAUUAUUAAGCGAAAGAAAAGUAAAAGUGAGCAAGCGGAAACCAUUUGUGAAUGGCAAAGAUCAGGAAGCAGUGUUCUCACAUCACCAGCUGCGUCUGAUCAGAGCAUGCUUGUACUUCAGGACAGUAAUAGAGGAUCAGAGGUUUUGUGGAGGUCUCACUCAGCAUUUUCUCUGAUGAGUGAAGAUAACCCAAGCAACAAUACUGAUAUGAAACCCAUCACACCUGAUAUCUCAUGCCGACCACCUAGAAGUCACACUAACAGACUCAAAGAACACAGAUCCUCUACUUUACCCAGCUGGAAAAGUGUGGACAGCUUAUAUGAUUCAAGUCCAUCACCUGUUCUUCAGAGCUCUGAUGGAAACUGGGUGGCAUUACAGAGUAUAACAUUGCCUCCAGCUAGAAUGUUAACCAAUCCAAAGAGUCAAGUGUUCAAAUCUUUGGAGAAUGAAUCUAGUGCUCUGUCAGCAUACGAUGAGAUGGGCUCUGAAAGUGAUGAAGAAAUUGAUUGGGGCAUGGCUCUCAAUGCCUAUCGACAAAGAACAAGACAACUCCCAGAUGACUCCUGCUAUACAGACUCACAUCACAACACUGAAUGGGCAUGUAGUAAUGAUUACUAUGAGCCCGUCACUUCACCACUUCAGUCUGGACUGUAUACAAACCCUGAAGCUGUGUAUUCUGAUUCAGAAACAUCAUCAGUGACUUCCUUAAAGGAUGUUAGGCAAUGUGGAAAGCCCAGUUGGCCACGCAGAAAAACUCCAUGUGAACAGGUGCAUAGGGAACAGGUUUACAGUAAGGUGGAUAUUAAUUUCAACCCACAGUCCAUGAGCAUGGAACUCUCUGACAGCAGUGAAGCUGAAAAAAAACAUUUUGAUGUUGAAAAAAGGUCAAGGCGAUGGAGAAAAAACAAAAUGGCUCUAGAAGAGACGAGUGAAGGGUCCAAUGUAAUGAAAAUGCCGAAAAGGACUGUAAGACCAAAUAAGUGCUUCAAUGAUUUAUCAGAAACUGAUAUGAACAACGGGGAUGAGAGAUUAAAGACAGAUGAUCUUGAACAAAAACUUAAAACAAGAUUAGGGGAAUUAACGGCAAAGAUGAGUGACAAAGAAACAUCUUCAGGAGAUGAACAAGAUUGUGAGCCAAGAAUAAACUCUGGUAACCAAGAGAUGUUGUCCACCAAGGAACAUGGCAGCUGUAUACAAGAAGAGCUAAAGAAGGAAAAGCAUCAGGCUUUAGACCACCAUUUAAAACUGCAGUUUUUGUCCUCAGUACUACAACAGAAGUACUCUGCUGUGUCUCUCUGCAACAUAUCAACAGAAGUUCUAAAAGUCAUCAAUGCAACCGAGGAAUUGAUAGCAGGAUCGACAGAACCAUGGGAUUGCCCAGAAGAUACGCAUGAACGAGGGCCUUUUCCUAUAGGUGAUGACCCUGUAAGACUAGAUGAGCAACUGACCAAACUGGAAGAAAAUGUUUAUCUCACAGCUGGUACCGUGUAUGGCUUGGAAGGACAACUCAGUGAGAUUGAGGACUCUGCACGCAAAAUCAACAGUGUCACCACAGAAUUAGAACUUGCUGACCUUGAAGACCAGGUUGCCACAGCAGCUGCCCAGGUCCAUCAUGCUGAGCGCCAGAUUUCAGAUAUUGAAAGUAGGAUAUCAGCCCUCACGGUCGCCGGGUUAAACGUUUCUCCCUGUGUUCGACUGACGAGAAGGCGGGAACAGAAAAACACUAACCAGAUGCAAACAAUUGACACAUCCAGGCAACAGAGGCGAAAACUGCCAGCAACACCCCUACAAGAUGAAGAACCUGAAAUUUCCAGGAUAAAGACGUUUAACAGGAACUUUGUACUGCAAGGAUCUUUGACUCAACGAACUAAAGAAUGGAAGAAUACUGCCAAGGACAUCAUGGAACCAACUAAAGGCACAACCAUAAUAUAUUAAAGACAUAUUUAUACUGCCAAGAUUAUGAUGCCUAAAGCUGUACACAUGAGUGCCUUUUUUUAACAGCCAUUAUGUUCGACUAGAAAAUGGACCCUUGUGUGAAGCUACAGUGCCUAAGUAGCAGGGCUUUUGUUCAGAUACCUCAUCAGAUAUUGUCAGCAUUAUGGUCAAAUGAAACUCUGCCUUAAGUUCUUAGGAGACACCAUGAAAGGUCACUGAGUUUCACAAGAGAGGCUCUGUUUUUUGAUGCACUUUUUAUUUCUGUACCAGUUCUUCAGUAAUGUGUCCAAUAACUAUGUUUUUAUAUCAUUAUUUUUAAUGUAUACAUAUGCCAAACUAAAUGUUGGAGUUGAAGUAAGGUGUAAAUGUUUUUGUCAUGGAAAUGUAUUUCCAAAAUGUACCAGUCUCAUAACUGACAGGGAUAUUGUACGGUUGUUGUUACUGUAUUUGUAAUAGUUCCGGAUUACUUCUUUAUAACGCAACAUAAGAAUCAUGUAAUUUUACAACCAUUUCUGCAUAAUUAUUCAUGUGGAUUCAAGACUACAUUUCAUAUAUAGGAGGAAGUGUUGUGUGAAAAAUGAAGUGUAAAAUGGGGUUAUUCGUCAGCAUAUAGAUGUUUCUGUUGGCAUUGGGUGACCUGGAUUUCCCAACUAACUAUGCUGCUAAUGUGUUACCACUGCCAUUGGAAAACCUUACCCUAUGGACGCCAGUGCUGAAAUGCAACUCUAUCUUUCACCCUAAUUAGGUAACAGUACCCAAAGACAUAAAUCAUAAAGGCUUGUAUUUAAGACUGCCUUAUCUGGAAGUGGAAAGAGCUGAUAUUAUUCAGAAAAA